CCACUCUCCCAGUCUGCAGGAGAAUCUGCAGGAUGUAAGUUAGAGAAGAGGCAAUUCCUAUUUCUGUGGAGCCACAAUGACAAAACAUGCCCUUUUGAACACUCUGGACACACUCGGAGAAGACGACUUUGAGCGUUUCAAGUGGUUCCUUCAAGAUGAACGCCUUAAAGACUCCUCAACCAUCCCUAGGAACAAGCUAGAGAAUGCAAAGACGUGGGACACAGUUGACCUGAUGAUCCAGACCUACACACUUCCUGGAGCUGUGAAGGUGACCGAUCAGGUUUUAAAAAAGAUCAACAGGAAUGAUCUGCUGCCGAGUUUGUCAGACAGCAGCUCAGGAACAAAAGAUGUGAUGGCUCUGGUACCGCUAACCAUCUCAAAUUACCAGCAAAUGCUUAAAUCCAACCUUCAGAACAAGUUUAUCUGUGCACCAGAAGGGUGGAAGACUGAUAAACAACCACUUGAUGAUAUCUACACAGAGCUUUACAUCACAGAGGGGGGUGACGUACACAUCAACACGCAGCAUGAGGUCAGGCAGCUUGAGACGGUGGGGGUAAAACCAGCAGGAACAGAGAAACCAGUUAAACCUUGUGACAUUUUCAAAUACCCCUCUGGAAAAUACAAACCAAUGAGAACAGUGCUGACAAAUGGAAUUGCAGGAAUUGGCAAAACCUUUCUUGUGCAAAAGUUUGUGUUGGACUGGGCUGAAGGAAGAGCCAAUCAAGAUGUGCAUCUAAUUUUCCCCUUCACCUUCCGCCAGCUGAAUUUAAGGGAGAAAAAGGGAGAAAAGUUUUCCUUGGCAGAGCUCAUUCAUGAAUGUAUCACUGAGACCAGAGACAUUAAGGAAGAAGCUCUUAAUCACAUCUUUACAACUCUGCAGUCAUCAGGAAACACCAACUAUGACAAGAGCAAAUUCAAACUUCUCUUUGUUUUGGAUGGACUCGAUGAGAGUCGCCUUCAUCUGGACUGCUCUACCAGUGAAAAUCAGGCCGUUAACUUUGAUGUGACAGCUUCCACCUCAGUGGAUGUGCUGCUGACGAACCUCAUCAAGAAGAAACUGCUUCCCUCUGCUCGCCUCUGGAUAACCACACGACCUGCCGCAGCCAAUCAGAUCCAUUCUGAUUUUGUUGACAUGGUGACAGAGGUCAGAGGGUUCACUGACCCACAGAAGGAGGAGUACUUCAUGAAGAGAUUCGGAGAUUCGGAGCAGGCCAGCAGAAUCAUCUCCCACAUUAAGACAUCACGAAGCCUACACAUCAUGUGCCACAUCCCGGUCUUCUGCUGGAUCACUGCUACAGUUCUGGAGGAUGUGUUGAAGACCAGAGAGGAAGGAGAGCUGCCCAAGACACUGACUGAGAUGUACGCAGAGUUCCUGGAGUUUCAGAUUCAUCAGACAAAUGAGAAGUAUGACCAAAAAAAGUGCAUUCAGUGCAUUAAGUCAUUAGCAAAACUGGCUUUUCAGCACCUGGAAGAGGGCAACCUGAUCUUCUAUGAGACAGAUCUAAAAGAGAGUGGCAUUGAUGUCAGUGGAGCCUCAGUGUGCUCAGGAGUGUUCACAGAGAUCUUCAAAGAGGAACGUGGGAGAAGGAAUGACAAGAUGUUUAGCUUUGUCCAUCUGAGUGUUCAGGAGUUUUUGGCAGCUUUCUACGUACAGAGGGCAGUCGUUAAAAAACAAAAGAAUGUGAUGUGUGAGCCAGGCCAAACUUGUGGCGGACAAAUGCAAACGUUUUUUAACAAAACUUCUAUGACUGAGAUCCACAGGUUUGCUAUUGACAAGGCCUUGGAAAGUCCAAAUGGACACCUGGACCUGUUUCUCCGAUUCCUCAUGGGUCUUUCACUGCAGACCAAUCACACCUUUCUAAGACGCUUUCUGAAAAAGAAAAGAAGCUCAGAGACCAAUCAGGAAACAGUCGAGUACAUCAAGAGUAAGAUCAGUGAGAAUCUGUCUCCAGAGAGAAGCAUCAAUCUGUUCCACUGUCUGAAUGAACUGAAUGAUCGUUACUUAGUGGAGGAGAUCCAACAGUCCCUGAGUUCAGGAAGUCUCUCCACAGAUAAACUGUCUCCAGCUCAGUGGUCAGCUCUUGUCUUCAUCUUACUGUCAUCAGAAAAUGAUCUGGCUGUGUUUGACCUGAAGAAAUAUUCUUCUUCAGAGGAGGCUCUUCUGAGGCUGCUGCCAGUGUUCAAAGCCUCCAACAAAGCUCUGCUGAGUGACUGUAAUCUGUCCGAGAUAAGCUGUAAAGCUCUUUCCUCACUACUCAGCUGCCAGCCCUCUAGUCUGAGAGAGCUGGACCUGAGUAACAACGACCUGGACGAUUCAGGAGUGAAGCUGCUCUCUGCUGGACUGGGUAGCACACACUGCACACUAGAGACUCUCAGAUUGAGUCAAUCUAAGCUCACAAAGAAUUGCUGUCAGGAGCUCUCAUCAGUUCUCAGCUCUGAGUCCUCCCGUCUGAGAGAGUUGGACCUGAGUUACAACUAUCUGUGGGAUUCAGGAGUAAAAUUGCUCUCCGCUGCACUGGAAAGUCGUCACUGUACACUGGAGACCCUCAGACUGAGUGGCUGUAACCUGUCAGAGAGAAGCUUUGAAGCCCUGGUCCCAGUUAUCAGCUCCCAGUCCUCUAGUCUAAGAGAGUUGGACCUGAAUAACAACAGCCUGGAGGAUUCAGGAGUGAAGCUGCUCUCUGCUGGACUGAAUAGUCCUCACUGUACACUUGAGACUCUCAGGUUGAAUAAAACCAGGCUUACAAAGAUAUGCUGUCACGAGUUCUCAUCAGUUCUCAGCUCCCAGUCCUCUAGUCUGAGAGAAUUGGACCUGAGUAACAACGACCUGCAGGAUUCAGGAGUGGAGCUGCUUUCUGCUGGACUGGAGAGUCCAAACUGUAAACUGGAGACUCUCAGGCUGUCAGGCUGUCUAAUCACAGAGGAAGGCUUUACCUAUCUGGCCAAAGCUCUGAGAUCCAACCCCUCCCACCUGAGAGAGCUGGACCUGAGCUACAACCAUCCAGGAGACUCAGGAGUGAAGCUGCUGUCUGCUGGACAAAAGGAUCCACACUGGAGACUGGAAACACUCAGAGUUCAACACGUUGGACCUCAGAGGCUGAAAUCUGGCCUGAGGAAGUAUUCCUGUGAACUCACAUUGGACACAAACACAGUAAACAGAAACCUCAAACUAUCUGAAAACAACAGGAAGGUGACAGUAGGGAGAGCGAAGCAGCAGUAUCCUUAUCAUCCAGAGAGGUUUGACUCCUGGUAUCAGGUGAUGUGUACAAAUGGUCUGACUGGUCGCUGUUACUGGGAGGUCGAGGGGAGAGGAGAUGUCGAUGUAUCGGUGACUUACAGAGGAAUCAAAAGGAAAGGGAAAAGUACUGACAGCUGGUUUGGAGGGAAUAGUCAGUCCUGGUGUCUUUAUUGCUCCGAUGUUGAUGGUUACUCAGUCAGUCACAAUGACAGAAGUAACCAUUGCUCCUCCUCCCCCUCCUCUUCCUCCUCCUCCUACAGAAUAGGAGUGUAUGUGGACUGUCCUGCUGGCACUCUGUCCUUCUACAAAGUCUCCUCCGACACGCUGAUCCACCUCCACACCUUCAACGCAACAUUCACUGAACCUCUUUAUCCUGGGUUUGGGCUUGGGUUGCCUGGUUCAGUGUCUCUGUGUUCACUGUAGGAGGGAGAGUCUCCUCCUGUGUAGAGAAACACGAACACUGCCGACAAUCACACACACUCCUUGUAUAAGUCACACUGACUCAAAUUACAAGAAAGUGUAUGAUGGUUUAGUCUUAAGAUUAAGAUAAGAUUUUAUUGAUCCGAUGAGGCAUUUUGAGGCAUUUUGCGGCAUUGAAAAAGUCAGACUACCACCUAGAGGUGGCGAUUUUGACUUGUUUUUAAAACAACGUGAGGCGUUCUGGAUAUUCACCCUACAAACCUUGUCUCCCAAAGGUUUGAAUGAUGAAUUAUUAUUAAACAUAAGAUUUUUCCGAUGCUCUAUUCGAUUUCAUUUCAUUUUAUUUGUACUUAUUUCAAACGUAUAAUACUCGUUCUUUAUAAUGUGAUAUAUUUUGUCCUUUCUUUUCUUUUCUAGGGACAGACUGUAGAAGAUAACCUAUGCAAACUCCUAAAAAUCCUGUCCUAUAAAAGAAAUAGAAAAGUAUUGAUCUUGGCAUUAUAGCCUUUCUACAAUUUCUAUAAUUAUCGUCUUUAUGUGGUUUUUGAUUGAAGACAUACCUCCUAUAUAUUAUGUAUUAUGUGUAUGUUUUCAUGAUGUUUGUAGGCUUUUAGUGCCACAUAUGAUGUAAAUUGAUUCUUUAUUUGUUGAUGGUUCCGAUUUGUGGAUGACUUAUUGAUGUCAUGUGAUUGGGGCAAUCGGAUUGGUCUACCAACCCAUUUACGAACCCCAAAUGCUAUUUAAAUGCAUGCAUCCUCAUUUCCAUGUAAAAUAACCUGAUGAAGGUCUACGUACCGAAACGUCGUGACUAAAAUACAUUUAUACGCAAGUGAAGAAGCCAGUGUGCGGGAGUUUUUGUUCUAUAUUGAUCCGAUGAGGGAAAAAUUCAGAUGUUGCACCAACACAGGGACAGAAGACAACUAUAAAAUAAAUAAUAAUAACAAGUAUAAAAAUAAACAUAAGAAUAGAAUAGAUAUGGGGCAAAUAGACUCAAUGCAGUAUGCAAACAUGAUCAGUUGUACUUGAACUACUAGUGCAUACCAUCUCAGGCAAAGUUACAUUAGAUUUUUCCUUUCAAUUGUCAAGUUUGAAAGAAGCUGUAUUUAACAAAUAAUACAUAGUUUUCUUUCUUUUGUCAGAAAAUUUGAUUUAUUGAUUGUUAUCUGGAUUUGAAAGAGAAUAUUACUUACUUACUUUUGUUCUUGCAUUUCCAUUCUUCACGGUAGUGUUUUAUUCUGAAAGGAACCUGGUAUCAAGUUUUAACCAUAACUUGAAAGAAAGACAAAGAAUAAAAACGUCACAGUUGAGUAAAAAGUGUAAAAAGAGUUAAAACUGCCAACCAUCACUCAUGGACCAAUAGGAUUUUCUAAUGCUGUAAAAAUGUAUCAUUAAUAACAGAAUAUUGAAAUAUUGCAGUCAUUACAAUGAGUCAUGCCACUCUGUAACACAGACAACGUGUAAUAACAACACAUACUCUUUUUUUAAAGUAGCAUCAGUGGUGAUUCUGAUAUGAUGUGAACUGUUUCAAACUUCUCUCUUGGUGAAAAGAGAGCAAACAGCUCUAAUUGUUUUGUGACGACAAAGGGUGUUUUUCAGCACCCUAUUAUGAAUUUGUAUUUUUCCUCUAAUUGUUUUUCUUUCAAUUUAUAUGUAGUU